UCCUUGGAGAUUCAGCUGUGCUUUGAGCAGUUUUGGGUGCUCAGCUUUGUGUCCUAGAGCCUCAGGAUGAGUCUAGAACAAGCUGCUGCAGCCUUGCUGGUCAAAAACGAUCAACUUAAGCGGGAAGUUGAACACUUGAGAUCUAUAGUUAACAUGCUCCAGGAAAACCAGAUGCUCACAUCCAGGACGUACAGCAGCAGCGAUUCCACGCGGACUGAUUUGACAGGAUCUAAGCAGUCAGACCGGCGGCACAGCAGCAUUGAUGAGCGACAGUUCAUGAGAGACCUCCAUCAGAACACAUCCAACAGGAAUUUCAGAACAUCGUCUCCUGUCAACUUCAGAUCGUUCCUCCAAAGUUCGGUGGUGAAAAAUGCUGAAGAGGCACAAGAUCUUCAGAGCCAGGCUGAUGUUUUUCCUUCUGCCUUAGGUAAUGAAAGGCUGCUUGGUGAGAUUGCCUAUCAGCUGGAUAGGAGGAUCCUGUCCUAUGUGUUCCAGGCUCAUCCGAGGCUCUAUGGUUUCAUACUCCUUAACAUACCUCAGAGGAUUAUCGAGGUGAGCACACAUCCUCUGACAGGGCAUGUAGACGAGGCGUAUCAGCUCCAUCUCUCAAAAAGGUACACACACCUCAUGGAGUCGCUUGGAAAGCUGGGCUACAAAUUUGCUCUCCAUGCUCCUUUUUGUGAGUUUAUUGUCAAUUCAUACGGAAUCCUAAAGGAGAGGCCGAGGAAAGGCAGCAGCCUAUGGGUUCAGUACAACAACCCAGAUUUUCUGAUAAAGAUAAUAGAGAAUAUUGCUCCACAAAGACUGCAGAAAGACAUGCUGCUGGUGCUUUCCUGCCUCUGCUACUUGUCAACAAAGGACAAAAAGCCCCUCCUUGCGUGGUAAUAAUCACCUGACUCUGUGAAAAUGUAAACCUUUGUGAAAUAAAUGGUGAGAUUUGAGAAAUA